AUGCAGCUCCACAUUCUGCUGCCCUUUCUGGGCCUCUUCGCUCCUGUCUUGGCCCGGACUGUAUCAGAAUUCACUGUCUCAACGUCUAAUGGACCAAUCACUGGCCACAGGGCAUCGAAGAGUCCUGACGUGACUGAAUAUCUGGGGAUUCCUUAUGCGGCGCCUCCAGUGGGCGAUCUGCGGUUUGCUGCACCCCAGAGUUAUCAGGGACGGAAACCCUACGUGGCUGCGAACUAUGCGAGCUUGAUAUUGACUAUUUGUCACAGUGAUUGUCCAUACACUCACUCCUCGUUGGUAAAUUAUCCGAACAAAACUGCCCAGUUCGAUCGCAUCUUUGAGGCAUUCGCUGCGGUCAAUAACAACACCCAGAGCGAGGACUGUUUGAGUUUGAACAUUUGGACCAAAUCAACCAGCUCCCGGAAGCCUAAACCGGUCUUGGUUCAUUUCUACGGCGGCAGAUGGACCAGCGGCACCACUGAUACAUCUUUUUACUAUGGAGGGUAUCUCGCUGAUGCCGAGGAUAUCAUUGUCGUCACCGUCAAUUACCGCAUGAACAUCUUCGGCUUCCCUGGUAUCCCUAACCAGCCCUCGAACCUCGGUCUUCUCGACCAGCGCAAGGCCGUCGAGUGGCUGAGAGACAACAUCAGGGCUUUUGGCGGUGAUCCCACCAAGAUCGUCAUCUCCGGCCAGUCAUGCGGUAGUGCUUCCGUGGGUUACUGGCCCUAUGCCUAUACCAAGGAUCCCAUUGUCGCCGGCUUGAUCUCUCAUUCGGGAACUGUCUUCAGCUUCCCCGUCAACUCGCAGGAGCUGUCAACUCAGAACUGGUACAACGUCUCGAACCUCCUCGGCUGUGGCACUUCGGGCGAUGUCCUACCUUGCAUGCGACAGAAGAGCGUUGCCGAUAUCCUAGCAGCUGCAGGCAAGAUUAAACCACCACCAGCUACUUCUGUUGCUCGCAAGCAGCCCGUCUUCGAACCGACUGUAGACGGAGUGACUAUCUUUGACGACUACGAGACCCGAUCUGCCAACGGCAGCUUCGCCCAUCUGCCCUACCUCGUCGGCCACAACGACAACGAAGCCGGCUUCUACAAAAUCGCCGCCUACGCCCAAGGCGCCAACCUCAGCGAAGCAGACUGGACAGACUUCAACAUCCAAACCUUCACCUGUCCCACAAUGGAAGAAGCAACGAACCACAUCCGCGCAGGCGUUCCUACCUGGCGAUUCCGCUAUUUCGCAGACUGGGACAACACCCGUCUAUAUUACCCGACUAGCGGCGCGUAUCAUGGUGUCGAUAUGAAUAUGAUCUUCGGCAACUCUGCUGAUUUUACAGGGAUUCCGGAAUCGAAGCCCCAGACGCAGUUGAAGAGGGUGAUGCAACGCGCUUGGGCUGCGUUUGUGGCGGAUCCGCAGAAGGGGUUGGAGAGGCUUGGGUGGCCGGUUUUUAAUCCUAGUGCCAACACCCUCAUCCGUCUCGGUUACGGAAAUAUGCCGAAUGCAUCAUUCGUUAACCCGCAGGUAUAUGAUAGCGCUUGUUCCGCGUGA